UGCUAUGCGACGAUGCUAUAAUACACAUAUCAAUGUUAGACAUUAGUUGUUUAAGCUAGCCACUCACAUUUUAGUCCAGCUUUCUGCUUUUUUCAUCCACAUUCAAUAAUCAACAGUCCAGCCAUGCCACUUCCAGAUACAAUGUACUGUGCCGAGCAAAUCAACAUCCCUCCUGAGCUGCCUGACAUCAUGAAAAGCUUCACUAAGGCAGCCAUCCGAACACAGCCUAAAGAUUUGCUGCUGUGGGCUGUGGCAUACUUCAGUGCUCUGUCUAAGGGAGAGCGUCUGCCUGUCAAAGACAGGCUGGAGAUGAAUGUUGCCACCCAGAAGACAGACACUGGACUAACUCCAGGUCUGCUCAAGACGCUACACAAACAGUUGUCCCCAAAGCAAACAUGCAGCAAGGAGGAACUGCAGAAGAAAUGGAAGGGUCUGUGCCUACCCAUGGAUCAGCUGGAGAGCUUUCUGUUGCUAGGCAGCUUCAGCUCUGAAAUCAACUGGAUGGAGUUUUUUGCCCUGGGGUGCAGUACCCUGGGAGGGACUCUCAUGAGUUCUCUUAAGUAUGCCUGUGAGAUCCUGACAGAGGAUGAGGACGGCGGUGCUGCGAAGAUCCCAUUCGACACCUUUGUCAAACUCUACACCUACCUGGCUCACCUGGAUGGGGACGUGCCACAAGACCACAUUGACAACUUCCUCAGCAGUCUGCAGCCGCAAGUGGAGCUCCAACAUGGGAUGAUAAAACCUCUGGACUUCAUUCAUCAGGAUGAUAUGGACUUCGGAUCAUCCAGUUUUGCCGAAGCAACCUCAACAGCUGAAACUGAUGCUGAUGGCCAAAGUCACAUUUAAAAAAAAAACACUUUGGUCCGAAAGUCUGUCCCACAGUGCUUCUGUGCACAAGUAAUAUGCACAUGUGAGCUUCUCAGUAGUGGAGCCUGCAGCAUAAGGUAAAGACCUUAUUAGGUCCAACAAACAUUUUUGCUUGCCCUUGCAAACCCCUUAUGUCUGUUUUUACAGUUCAUUCUACAAACACAGAGUUAAUGCAACAUGCCAGACUUAUGUGAAAGAGCACUUAUCUGUGUGGCGGCUGUAGCCUGUAUAUCAGUCUGAAAGCUCUUCUGCUGUAGUCUACAUAGACAUAUGUAUGUAUAGUUAUAAAAGCUGUCUCUCUUUUUGAUUGCACACAAUCCGCACACUGUUUAUUAUUCUCAUUUUUAUUGCUCUACUUUUUAUUUUUAUUUUUAUUGUUACUUUCCAUUCCUGUUAACCUUAUAAUACAUUGAGGGCUUCUGUAGUGGAGUCAAAUUCCUGUAUGUUCAGACAUACUUGGUAAUUAAAGACAAUUCUGAUUCUGAUGCCCUCUUGACGUACAGUAUGAAUGAACCACAUUUCCCACUGGCUGUGUUGCUGACCCUUGACUCGAACUUUAAAUGGGCCUGUGAAAGCCCUUAUGGAGCUGAAGUUCUCAGUCUAACUAAACCACCAGUCUUCCUAAUCAGUAUUAAUCAUUUCCUUCCAUUGUGCCAGGGCUAAAUAGGGCCCACUAAGCGCUGUAUUACAGUGUCAAAUACACUACGUGAGCACUAGUGGUUUAUUUGAAUUUAUAAUAAAGCUGUCUGAAAUAUUAUUGAGUAAAAGACAAACAUGAUUUCACCUUUCUUACUGUAGAAUGUUUGGCAGACUUCCACUUUUUUCUACAGUUUAAUUGGCUUUCAUUAAACAGUUCUAUCUUCUAAAACACCAGUUUAUUGACUAGCAUUAUUAACCAAUUUUCCUGUUAUUGGAUUAGCCGAACAUUUCACUGAGAAGUUUUGGAACUGCUGUUGAACAGAUCACAGUGUAAAACUGGAACACAGCACAAAUUUGAUUGCAGAAGUCAUCUGUCAUAGAGCAGGGGCACUGUUGCAUACUGUGAAAGAAUAUAGAGAUCGCUCUCAGUCUAUAAUGUGAGUAAACCAUAUAUUUGUACAGUACAUUUAUAAAACCUGAUAAAACCUGUGAAACAUUUUACAACUGUUUCUUGAAGUAC